AUGAGCAAUCACAAUACAGUGAUGGAAUUCCUCGACCUGGGGUUCUCAGGGGUCCUGGAGCUGCAGCUUGUCCACACCGCACUGUUCCUCCUGGUCUAUCUGGCGGUACUGGCUGGAAAUCUCCUCAUCGUCACCGUUACGGCUCUUGACCUGCGCCUCCACAACCUCAUGUACCUCUUCCUCAGGGACCUGUCCGCCCUCGAUCUCAUCAUCAUCUCAGCCACCAUCCCCAAAUCCAUCAUCAACCUGUUGGCUGACACGAAGUCCAUCUCUCUCUUAGGCUGCCUCUUUCAGGUCUUCCCUUUGCUUUUCUCUUUGCCUGCAGAACUUUUUCCCCUCACAGAGAUGUCCUUCGACCGCUAUGUGGCCAUUUGUCACUCCCUGCGCUAUGAUAUCAUCAUGGACCGAUGGGCCUGUGGAAAGAUGGCCGCUGCCUCAUGGCUAUUCGGGAGACUGACGGCAGUGAUACACAUAGCCAGCACCUUUUCUCUUUCCUUCUGUGAGUCCAAUCAAAUCCAUCUGUUCUUCUGCGACAUUCCUCAGUUGCUCCUCAUAUACUGCUCUCAAGGCACUCUCAGAAAGGUUGCGCCCAUCAUCAAGGGUAUUCUUCGAGACUUCUGGUGCUUUCUGGGCAUUAAUGUUUCUUAUUCCUGCAUCUUCUCUGCCGUCUUGAAGAUGCUAACCGUUGAAGAGCUCUUGGGUCUUGACCCCACCCACAUGGCUCUAGCCAGUAUGGGCAGAAAGCUCCAGUCAUUGACCCGGUCCACAGACCUCUUCUGGCCAGCAAGGGCAGACCUGAAUGUCAUCCAUGCUGUGAUGUAG